GUUGUGCAUAGCCAUGCUGGACCUUCUGGUCUUAUGCAGCUUACAUGAAUUCCUUCUGGGACAAUAUGCACGGUUCACCACUCUGGGGAUUUCUGUGUGCCUGUGGCAAUAGUAACAUAUAGGCCUCCAAUGCUAACCAAGCAGAAGAGCAUAUUACUUGAAGAAUGUAGCAAUGAAUUAGUUGCCCUUGAAUAGAAAGGCAUUAACAGCUGUAUGUUUCAGGAGAAAAUGCUAGAAAGACAAUAUUAUUUUGUGCACAACCUCUGGAAUCCAAUUCAUGGUAUGUAAAUGAGGGACUACGAGAAAUCCUCACUACGGGGAUGUCUAACUGAAGGACUAGUGGUGGAAGUCAUGAAAAUGUGCAUGCCACUGUUACUACCGGCCUCUGGUGUCAUUCACUUUGUCAUGUCUGAGGGUCAGGCCAUGCAGGCGAGUGGCCUCAUAGCAAGGUGGGAUCUUGUUGGCCCAUCUUCUGGUAGGAGCGCUGAACCAUUUCAUGGCACUUUUCCAAAACUUGAACCUCCAACUGCUAUUUCUGGCAAAGUUCAUCAAAAGUUUGCUGCAAGUGCGAAUUCUGCGCACAUGAUCCUUGCAGGAUAUGAACGUAGUAUCAAUCACGUUCCUGGCUGUGCCUUCUCUUUCAGGUUGUACAAGAUUUGCUAAACUGCCUAGACAGCCCUGAGCCCCCUCUUCUACAGUGGCAAGAACUCAUGUCCGUUUUGGCAAACCUGACUCCUGGAAGAUCUUAGGAAUGAUGUGAUUAAGUGUCCUACUUUUUUUUUUACAUGUCAUCACUCAAUUUUUCACUUUGGCUGCAUAUAUCAAAUGGGUAACUAAUCUGCCUGUACUCAGUUGGAUAGUGGAAAACCAAUGAAUUGAAAAUAAUAAAAAAAUUGAAAAUUGAUCAUACCAAUUGGAAAAAGUUUGAGAUAAUGGGAAAAAUUGUGAAUUCGAAAAAAGUUCAUGAUUUAAAAAAAGUUUAUGAAUUUAAAAAAAUCAUGAAAUUAUAUAAAGUUCAUCAAUUCGAAAACUAGUUCAAAAUAGUUAAUUGAUUUGAUAAAACGUUCAUCAAUUUGGACUUAAAAAUAACGAAUUUGGAAAUAGUUCACGGGGUAUUGAAAAAAGUUCAUCAAUUUUGAAUUAUAAAAAUCAUGCAUUCGAAAAUAGUUCACCGGCUUUUGAAAAAAAGUUCACAAAUUUAAAAAAAUCACUAAUUUUGAUAAAAUAGUUCAUCGAAUUUUGAAAAAAAUUCAUUGAUUUGAACAAAAGUUCAUCAAAUUUGAAAAAAGUUCAUAGGAUUUUUAGAAAAAUUUCACCGAACUCAAAAAAAGUUCAUCGAUUUUGAAAAAAAUUCACCGACAUUGAUUUGUUUUCUCAAAUUUGGAAAAUGUUCAUCGAAAUUGAAAAAGUUCAUCAAUUUUGAAAAAGAGGUCAUGGAUUUUUGAAAAGAAAUAGCAAAAAUCGCAUUUGCAAAAUAAACAGAAAACAAAAAAUAAACAGAGAAAAGUAAGUAAAAGAAAAAAUCCAUAGGCAUUGCGAUCUAUAGAAAGAAUGAAAGGCAAAAAAGAUGUAAAUUGACACA